AUGCAUUUCCUUCCACUUAAACAAACGGAUGUGGUCUCGAAAACACUGGACAAGUUCAAGCGGUGCUACGGCGUCGAGGUGCGCGAUGGGUUUAUUCUAGGCCAGUCGACGAUCACCGAUAGCGUAAAAUGCAUUGGUGCAUUUUUAGAUCUCGACAAACUGGUGGAAGAGAAUGCCUCAAAUGAUAUGGUACAGUUACUGCGAAUUCCCGCCAUUUCAACCUUUUCAAUUCACACAAUACUGGAGAUAGUAAAUCAACGGUCUCAGUACAGCACUGAGCGUCAAUUUCAAGACACAACUGGCAGUAUAAAGCGUAUUUUUGCUCUGUGUUGCGAAAACGCAGUGAUCAUCGAGAAUCUCUCCGAGACACUUAUCCUAAUCAUGUAUUUUCUCAUCCUUGAGCUACUGCAGCAAAUGGGGUAUGCUCUACCGGAAAUUGUUUCCGAAUAUCUGAACAACGUUCUUUUGACAACUGAGGUUGGCUCUUUCUACACUGAUCUGCCUGCUUAUGCAACCUGCGCGAACCUCGAGAUUAUGGCGCAAUACGGACUAGCAGAUUUGUACAGUGUCUUUCAGUCUUUAGUGGACUUCUCUGAGCGCAACUUCGAGGAUCAAUUCGAACCGCAAGUUGUUGCGAACAUCAUGGCCAGUGUUAUCUCUCGCUGUCUAGAGAUUCCACACGAACUUGAACCAAAUAGUGAGGAUUUUCAGGUUCAGACAACUUUGGUGCCCAUCCUAGAUUACAUUAACCAUAAUAACGAACUUGUGAACGCACAUUUUGACGUAGACCGUCAAACAAACGAUGUUCUACUACUGCUGGAUCUUGACCAAUGCCGUGGUCGGAAGGGUCUUACGGAGGUGUUCAUCAGCUACAGCCCCGUCCAAGAACUUGUGCACUUCGAGAAAAUCUAUGGGUUCAGCCCGAGCUUGGACCCACAAAUGGCUACUUAUAUGAAUCUCUGCCUCGACAAGACUUUCUUAUCGCAAGAGUCGUCUCUCGACCUAUUCUUCAAAUGGUUUGAAAUCAAGCCCUGUGUUCAGUUCUGCAUUCUUGCGGAUACGGUUUACAUAAAUGAUUGCAUUGAGAGUUUCUACGAGUUGACCAUACCUUUCUCAGCAGACGCUGACUCGACCUAUUCUUCCACCAACUUUCGCUACGACAAAAAAGCCUUCAAGGUCUUCGCAGAGCACUUCGCCAGGGCUCGUGGAGGCGACGCUAAGGACUUCGAAGAGAUUUGCGAUGAGCAAGUGGAGCAGAAUGAAAGCAACUCUUGUGAAGGCAUCGACUUACCUCAAUUGGCCUGGAUGUACUAUUACUGUGUGGACGGUAAAUCACGGUGUGGACGACUAGAUAAGGGACAAAUCAUAAGACUGUCUGGUUACGACUUGGCCUCCGCCAAGAAAAGACUUCUGGCCUACCUUUCACGUUAUUUCCAGUGGCGUCAAGACUUUUUACAAAAGAAGCUACCUCUUAUUUCGGCUUCGAUGAGGAGAGUGGCAGUGCAUGAGCAGACUUUAAUCGCCAAGCUCUUGUGUCAAGUAGAGCAGGGCGAAAGUAUAUUCUUGAGCGACGCAAAGGUGGACUCCGAAAAACUUCAAGAAUAUCCAAUUCCAUCUUUGCUCAAAGACUCCUAUCAUCACUACUCGUCCUCCACAAUUAGUGAAGGUGACAGUGUUCAGGAAUGUUUUUUAUCAACGGACGAGUUGUCAGAAAUCCAAUACUACUCAGACUUCUUCUCACCUUGA